AUGUUUGAGACAAACAACAUGGGUCUACGUGUGUUGCAAUGUAUUACUUUAAUUUUUGCCUCUCUGCAACUUGCAGAUUGUCUCCUCCAAAACCAUCUGCAGUUUGCCAUUGAGAACACCUGGGACAGUAAUCCUGUGGACCAUGAUCCGAUUAGGAUUAUUUUUUCUCCUGGUGAAGGGGGGCUGAAGAUGCAAGUAUAUGGCCCCUUUUUCAAUGACCCUGCAGCCCCUUCUGGACCCCCUGGACAUGCCUUCCCAGGACUCUGGGAUUAUGAAGUUGUGGAGUCAUUUUUCCUUGACAGCACUACAGAAAACUACCUUGAGGUGGAAGUCUGUCCACAUGGACAACACCUCAUUCUGUUGCUAUCAGGUGUAGGACAGGCAUUUGUGCAACAACUGCCUAUGGUGUUUACUGCCACAGUCACAGGAGAUCGAUGGAUGGGAGAAGCUCUAAUUCCCUGGGGUUAUUUCCCACCUAAUGUUAAUAAGAUGAACUCUUAUGCCAUUCAUGGCUCUGGAGCUCAACGCACAUAUGAAGCACUUUACUCAAUUCCUAAAACAGAGAUUGCAGAAGGCCAACAACCAAACUUCCACCUGUUGCAGUAUUUCCAACAUUUUCAACUGCAGAGCAUCAUGGGAGAUGACUGGGUGCAACCUGAGUCCGAGCUUUGGAAAGGAAGACCAUGA